AUGAGGACAAAAAAAUAUAUAAAACUGAUACCGAAAACUGUCAAGUAUCAAACGCGUUUGCCGAACAUAAUGCUUUAUGGUUACAGCUUACAAAUGGAGAAGCAGAAGAUCGUUUUUAUGCUAAUAAAUGUCCCCGCAGUCACAAAUAUUCAUCAUUCGGAAGAGAAAAACGUGAAGCUGGAGAUACAUGUGUAA